GCCGAAGUUGAGAAGGCCAAAUGUACUUUGCUGGCAUUUUUUUUUGUUCCCGCCGAACGUACAAUACGUUUCUUUAAAUCAAAUGGCAGCAGACGAACAAUCAGGUGGACGGGACAAAGCGCGCAUAGAAAUGGCUUCCGAACGACUGGAGUCUCAUGCCCAGAGAGCUAAGGAAGCCAUUCAAAAUGACCAGAAGAUUGUGCCUCCGUUUUGGAUCAACAAAUACAAGAAAGACGCAUCGAGAAAUUGGGAUAUCUUCUACAAACGCAACACCACAAAGUUUUUCAAAGAUAGAUAUUGGUUAGAUCGCGAGUUUGAAGAAUUAGCACACAAGGGUGAUUCAGACGAAAAAAAGAUAUGUCUAGAAGUUGGAUGUGGUGUUGGAAAUUUUGUUUUUCCAACCAUUGCCAAAAAUCCCAACCUCUUUAUAUACGCCUGCGAUUUCUCAUCCAGGGCUAUAGAAAUGGUUAAAGCAAACGAGCAAUAUGUCGAAUCUAGAUGCAAAGCGUUUGUCUGCGACCUUACAGCUGAUGAUCUGUGCAAUACUAUUCCGUCAGAGACAGCAGAUUUGGUAUCUGCGAUCUUUGUCCUUUCAGCUAUACCGCCAGAGAAAAUGAGUUUUGCCAUUCAAAAUAUUUUCAAGGUCCUUAAGCAUGGCGGUUCGGUGUUGUUUAGAGAUUAUGGGUUAUAUGACGAAGCUCAGAUUAAGUUCAGUUCAGCGUCUGAUAAAAAAUUGGAUGAAAACUUUUACGUUCGGCAGGAUGGUACGAUGAGCUAUUUCUUUUCGCUGGAGGAUGUUCAGAGCCGUUUCGAAGCAGAAGGUUUCCAGACGAUAUCCAACGAGUACAUUUAUAGAGAAACCACUAAUCGAAAACUAGAAAUGAAUGCCGAUAGGAUAUUUACCCAGUGCAAAUUUGUCAAGCCCUAACGACAUCUUUAUACUUUUAAUAGAUAAAACUUUUAUAUCAUCUAAUUUACCAAGUUGAAUCACCCGGUGUGUCUGUCUAAAUGGAGUUGUGAUACUUUUCGGCCAAUACACGUAACUUGUCUUUAAAUAAAUCAAGCUCUACGUAUGUUCCCUUCAAGUGUCUAUCACCACUGGUGGGAUCAAAGGCCGUGCGUCCAUGUAAUACUCGUCGGUUUGCAAAGAUCACU